UAUGAGAUGUCCUGCACCUUACAAUGAUAGUUUAGAUUAGUCAUGGGAGAGAAUCAGAUGAGUUUCUCUGUCACUCUGGUAUUUUUGAAUGAAAAUGAUAUCGAGCAAAAUCUGAUGGAUUCUACAGACAGUCAACAUCAGAAACAUACACUUCAUGUCAGCAGAGAGCUGGAUGAUCCUUCGUUCACCGUUAAUGACGGUGAUGGGGUUUGUGUUCUAAAAUUCUCAAUCACAUGGGAGACAGAGUGUUGUCGUGUAGCCACCCGCUCAUUUCUAAUAACAUUGGGCUGUUUCAGUAUACUUCUUUGCUUCACAACUCAGUCAGAAUUUCUGAACUUCCACAGAAGGCUAAGGUCAUGGAACGACCUCAGGAGAAACCAGUCUGUGUUUCACCAGAGAACAGAAGAUUCAUCUGCACUACACUUCCAGUUCUAUAGUUGUCUGUCACAACACCAGAACAAGCUACAGGAUUAUCACAGAAUUGCAACAUACCAAAAAGCCAUUUUGCUCAACGAUGUUGACUUCAAAGAUAAAGUGGUUCUAGACGUGGGUUGUGGAACAGGAAUAUUGUCUUUCUUUGCUGUCCAAGCUGGAGCUAGGAGAGUAUACGCGGUGGAGGCCAGUUCUGUGGCCAAAUAUGCAGAAAUUCUGGUAAAAAGCAACAACAUGUCUGACAGGAUCACCAUUUUGUCAGGGAAGAUUGAGGAGGUUUCCUGCCCUGAGAAUGUGGAUAUCAUCAUCUCAGAGCCCAUAGGCUACAUGCUUCUCAACGAAAGGAUGCUAGAGAGCUAUCUACAUGCCAAAACCUGGUUGAAACCCAAAGGAAUGAUGUUCCCAACCAACAGUGACAUACACUUUGCGCCUUUCACUGAUGAACAACUUUACAUGGAACACCAUGCCCGCUCCAGCUUCUGGACCCAGAGCAGUUUCUAUGGUGUGAAUUUGGGUGGACUUCAUUCAUUUGCUGCGGACGAGUUCUUCAGGCAGCCAAUAGUUGACACGUUUGAUGGACACAUUCUCAUGGCCAGGACUGUGAAGUACAGUAUCAGAUUUCUGGAGGCAAAAGAGGAAGAUUUACAUCAGAUGGAAAUUCCUUUUGUCUUUAAAAUGCUACAGACGGGAUUGAUUCAUGGGCUUGCAUUCUGGUUUGAUGUGGCCUUUGUUGGCUCAAGGACAACAGUAUGGCUGUCCACUGCUCCUAAUGAACCUCUGACUCACUGGUAUCAGGUGCGAUGUCUUCUCCAGACUCCUCUUUUUGCCAAAAUGGGACAGACAUUAUCUGGACAUGUCCAGCUAAUAGCCAACAAAAGACAGAGCUAUGACAUUCAUAUAACCGCUGUGGUUGAUCAGUCUGGAUUUAAAUCUGGGAACACGCUGGAUUUGAAAAAUCUUUUUUUCCGGUAAGCACACCAUGAAAGGGGCAUUCUGCACAUCACACAAGAGGUGUUUAAAGAUCCAAUGAUGCCCCCUACAGCUUAAAUUUGAAUAAUGUAACCCAGAUAGUCCUUAGAACUAACCAAAUAUUUUUUAUUAAAUGUCACUUUGAAACUGCUCAGUAACAAUCUUAUGGAAUUUGAAACACUGGUGCUGCAAUAACAAUAAAUUAUCCUCUUUCAUUUUUGGAAUAGGAUGAGUUAAGUUUGAUUUCAUAGUGCAAUGAAUAAAAAGAUCCUCAUGGUCUGACCCAUAUAACGUAUAAUAUCUUAUGUGAAAGUAAAAAUAAUGCAGGUUACAACUUUUUUCAGGUAUGCCUGAAACAUGCCUGAGGAAUAUCACUCACAAUUAUGCGUGACACCAGAAAAACAUUCCUUAUUAUUUAUAUGCAUUAUGGGCUACAUCUGAAAGCUGUUACUACAUUUCUGUGUAGAAAUGCAAUCUAAAGUUGUUGAAAGUGGAAACAGACUUACAGAAAACAGCUCCAACCGCUUUCUUGGAUAACAUUUACAUUUUUUGAGCUUGACCUGUCACCCAUGGAUGCAUUGCACACCCACAGAAUUGUGGGGUAUCAAAGCCAGUAAAAGACACAAUACCACAUUGUCUAGCAUUGGUCAAUCAAAUUGUCGCACCUCAAAUUAAGGCCAUUAAUCGAAUCAGUGUUGAUAUGUCAGGGAGGUGGGCAUGCACAAACAUCCAUUUUAAUGUUCUUUUACUUGCCAGUACACCUCCGUACUCUUAAGAGUUCUUACAGAGUACUCUUCAACUCUUUAUUUGAUACUUAAACUUGUCAAAUUAGGUAUAGUCCAUGUCAUAUGAUCAUACAUGUGUUCCUGUAGCAGAUAUACAUGUAUUCCUAUACAUAUUUGUGUCUGUAUGUGUAUGCAUUUGCUUUUUGUUCCGUCCCUAUUUUAUAUUACUUUUAACGUUAUAUCUUACUCUGUGUAUGUUCAAUGUCUUGAUUUUGGUUGUUUUUGUACAGCUGCUUUGAUGCAAUUGACUUGACUUGUUUUGACAGAACUAGUAAAGUAUCGUGUUUGCAUUAAGUCUCUUUAAAUAAAAGCUUCUGCCCAAAAAUAUUCUCAUAUGCAAGUUCACUUAAAAACAACAAAGACACUGGUCCUAAUGUCCCAUAAGGGACUAAAUGUAUACAUUUGGUACCAACAUGUACCUUAGAGGUACCAAUGAGUGCAUAGUAGUACCUUAAUGUACCUUUUAAGGUAAAAAAUGUGUACUUUCAAAAAGCGUUCUGCCCCAGUGCUUGGAUCUGCACUUUGAAUAUUCUCUGUGUUCAUAGGUUAGUCAAUAGGGCUGGUUACCAACGUUCCUCAAAGUAUCUUCUUUUGUGUUCUGCAAAAGAAAGUCAUACAGGUUUGGAAUCGAGUGUGUAAAUUAUUAAAGAAUUUUCUUUUUUGGGUGAUGAACUGUAUGCCUUAACAUACACAUCACGUAUGCCUGGUGGAUUUAUUUUUACAUAAUUAAAAAAAUCUCAAGUGAUCCUAAAUUUUUGUAAACAUUGGCAUAUUAACUUUAUAUCAGUUGAAUAAACUAUAAAAUGAUUUGGGGAAAGGAAACAGACAUGUAUAAUUGGAUAUCUAAAUUCAUACAACAGUGUUUCCGAAAUCUGACUGAGCCAUGCGCUAUUCCACCAGUAUCACCAGAGGAACAGCUUUACAGUUUGUAUCACUCCGCCAGACCGCCACUAAAGCCGGCUCAGAUUACAGGAUUCUCGGCCAGAAUUUACCCCGAUUUCCCCUCCCGAGAAUCUUUGAAAAAAUCGGGUCCAGAACCUCGAUCGGGUCCGAGGUUCGGCCCAGAUUAUCACGUAAUGUGAGGCGUUCACAGAUCGAAUCUUACACCUCCCGAUCUGCUCCGAGAGAAAUCGGGGCCGCCCCGAUCAUAUCAAACAUGUCUUAUAUUUAGGAUUUUAAAUCAAGUAGUCCCCGCUGCAGACUGUAGCGCGGUGACGUCAUGCAUGUCAACGUCAUGCACGUAUAAAUGCGCAUGCGCAGCGUGACGUACUGCAUGUCCUUUAACCGCAUGCGCGGUUAAAACAUUGCCCAUGUCUUCACACUCCAGUCCAGUUGGUGGCGGUAAUGCGCCAUAAGUUGGCUUGUCAACCGCCAAUAAAACGUACAUGAAGAACUAUUGCGCAUGGUGAACUUUUUUUGCUUAUUUAUGUUGAUGUAACAUGUUCGAAAACGUGGAUGGAUUCGAUUUCGAUGGCAAUGCAUGUUACUAUCCUUAAAAAAGGAGAAAAAAUAAGAUUAAACCAGUGCACUUCGUGUUGUGAUAAAUAUCACUGCCCGUUUUGUGAGACCUGUGUCUACAACCCAAGGGAGUUUUACAGUGUUGCUAACCAUGUCGAGAAUCAUCUGAAGGCAGCAAUUGAGGAAGAUGAUUUCAUUAUCAUCAGGUGCAAUUUAAAAUGCAGAGAUGAUGCACAUUAUCAUUGCUGCUACUGCUCUACCACUGUUCUAAGAAAAGGACAAUUUAAAAUUCAUCUCACAAAAUGCAAAGAAAAGAAGGAAAAGGCUACAUUUCCACAAAGAUCUGCAGCACCCAUGGCUGUGAUUGUUAAUCCUGAUGACUUUGAGGGACACACCAACAUUGCUUCCUUCUGGGACCUAGUGACACAACAGAUGGUUGGUCGUGGAUUUUCUCAAAGUGGCAGGAAUAACCCCUUCGUAGUUCCUCCAUGUUACGAUUGUUGGGAUCCAUGGAUUGGCAUCAACACCAGAAAAUCUGAAAUUGUGUUAACACUGAAUUUGCAAAAAUUCAGAAACCUAAGCCAUGUGAUGUGAUUGAUCUUGAUAUAACUGAAGAAAGACUAGGAGAGGAGCUCUUUAAGCUGAAGGUUGAAGCCAUACGGAAACUUUGCAAAGAGUGUGGUUUGGACUCGAAAGGAUCCCAUGGACCUUGUGUUGCGGUUAAGAGAGGAGAUGCAAAACCGCUCAUCAUAUGACAAAGUUUUCCAACAAAUCUGGUGUGCUUCUGGUGGAUGGGCAGCAAUUACUUGUCCGUGUGGAGUAGUUUACUCAAUCAAGUUUAACAUUAGAGCAGAGUCUCCAAGAGACUUUGCUGAGUUGCUUUUGUCAUGGAAGCACUUCCCCAAUGUUACCAUAUAUGAUUUUGCCAGAGGACUAGCUACUCACACAAAUCUCAGAGAACCAGAAAUUUUACCUUUUAGCCCUCAUGAGGGCAGAGUUUCAGAGCCAACCCCUGAAAAUAUUCAGCUGGCUAAAGAAAGCAAGUUGAUUGUGAAUCUGCCCUGGUUAAAAGUAAAACAACAGGAAAAAGAUCCCACCUGCCAUCCUCUAACGGGUUCUUCUGACCAUUAUGCUCUGUAUGACCGCUUUCAUGAGUAUAACACAAAAGAUGCACUCAGAAGAAUCCAUGUAGUCCCUGAACUAAGUGGGUGGUUAAAUACCCAAACUGCCGAACAACUCUUUGCUGGCAUGAGAAAAAAAAAUUACUUUAUGAACGUGCUCACACCGUCAGCACAUAUUUUCUUAAUGCGCAACAUAAUUCACCACUACAACAAAUUACAAAAUGAAUGUGUGAUUGAAAAAUUCAGAAAAAAUGUGUCACCAGAUGAUCAGUUUACCUUCAAUGAUAAUGGUCAGGUUAUUAUAGGUAAUUUAUUUUGUUUGAAUAUGUUAUUUGUAUGUGUAAAUUCUUUAAUUUUUUUGCAAGAGCAUUACCUUUUAUAUAUAAUGCAUCAACUUUUAUUUUAUUCUAAAGGCACACCUCCACAAUCUGUUAAAAUCUAUGACAGACCCGCAGAAAACCAAAAGCAAAACCAACAUGAUGACAACUUCCCUAUUCAGUGUUCCACAAUGGGUAUUUCCACUCUGCAACAUGUACAGCCAAACAAGGCAUGCUGGACACAGUCCCCCAGUUCAGCCCAGCUGGAGAAGCUAAACCAUGCCUUAAUGGAGACAGAACCACAGAAUGAAUUUUUGGCAUCUAUUGGGACCACAGUCCUCACCAGGCAGGAUUUCCUUACAUUAGGACACCUUCGUGAUGUAGAGGCAACAAUUUUGAAUGCCUGUCUUUCAAUUGUGAAGGAUGUUGCUGGGCUUCAGGGUGUAAUGGUCCAUGCCUUUAGUUCUUAUGUGACAGUGACUUGGUUGCCACCACUGUGUGCUGACCCACUGUCUAAUGUUCCUGAAAAUCUAGCAAGUCAGGAUAUAAUUCUACUGCCUUCCUGGACACACAAUCAUUGGAUGAUAUGUAUAACUAGCACAACAUAUAAACCCUGGGACAUGGAGGGAGUACAGCUGUGAUGACAUUACAGGCAUUCCCAGACAACACAGUUCAAAUAACUGUGGUGUGUUUGUGAUGAUG